GGAGCUGCCGCAGCUAUGUUCGCUCUCGGGCUGCCAUGGGCUCUACGAGGGGCCUCGCACUUCGCUCAGAGCUUUAGUCGGUAUCGCGCGGCGCGUGCGACUUGGCAGUGCCGAGCGAUCAGCAGAAAGGCGAAGCAGGAGAACGACAGGCUCGAGGCCAAGAAGUCGCAGCCGAAGAGGACCACGCGGAUGCCCAAGAUCACGCUCGUGUCGCCGGACAACACGAUCACCGUGACCGUGCUGGAGGUGGCCCAGCGUCUGGCGAAGCACCGCAGCCUCAAUCUCGUCAAGGUGGACGACUUCGACUCCACGUCGCAGCGGCCGAUCUACAAGCUGGUGAGCAACACCGGCAUCCUCGAGCAGGCCGAGGAAGCCGUGGUGGCCGAGGAGGAGGAGGAGGAGGAGGGUACCAAGACCGAUAAAGCCGCGCAAAAAUCCAGCAAGGGCAUUAAAUUGUUUUACGUGUCCGCGAAGAUCGCGGAGCAUGACCUACUGACGAAGACGAGGAACGUGGUGAAACUGUUGAGUAAGGGGCAAAAGGUCAAGGUCGUCAUCACCCUGGACGGCGCUGACGGGGAUCAGACGCAAAAAGUCAUAGAGGAUGCUGUAAGAAACGAUGGCAGUAUCAGACGAAUGCCGUCCAAGAAGAACGUUAUUUUACUCUUAAUAGAACCUUUAGAUAAAAAUGAAGACGUUUCUGUAGAUAAUAAAGACAAGACUGCCAGCUAAUGCAUAGUUAAUAAAAGAGAUACAUGAGAUUUGUUGAAUGUUAUAAAUAUGGACAUUUCACGUGAUAAUUUACUGCUGUUGACGUAAAAAAAAAAAAUAGGUUCUUUGUGUAACUAAAUUAAUGCAAUAAUAUGUGUACGUAUUUCUAUAUGCAAACAUUAUAUGUAUAUAUAAUAACCGCAUACAGCGUUUAACUCAAUUAAAUUUGCGAGAUGGCCAUAUAGGAUCUUAAUACUCACUGAAAUUUCAUGCGAUUUUUAUAUACGUUUUUCUAGUUCUUCGAACUACGGGCCGUUACAUUCGAUCUCGAGUUCUUAAUUGAACAGAAUAGCAAUAUCACAAUAUUAAAUUAAUAAUGAAUUUAAUAAUACUGAUGCUUACAAGCAUCUCAUAAGAGUCUUCCCUCCUCCCAACGCGAUGCGAGAAUAUCGUAAAUGAAAUUUUUAUGAGCACCAAGAUCCUUUUAUGAUUAUCAUUUGAUUUGCUUGCAAAUUUAAUUUAUAUAUAUAUGCAUUUAUGUGUAUAUAGAAUGUGAAUACAUUUUCAGUGAUUAUAUUAUAUUUAUUUUGAAUAUAUUAUAACUUUACAAAAGAAUAACAGGUAAAUAUCUUUUUUUGUACCAUACCUACGAUUUCGUUAUUGUCAAUGAAGAGAGAGAAUUCCGUGUUAAUAAAACUUCCCGUUACACGUCAAACAAACGGCUUACUGACUAUCGAGCUACUGAUAUGUCUACGUCGCAUUUUACAAUAUAGUAUUUUAAAAUAUCGUGGUUCUCAGUUUUCAAACUGAAGCUGUUAUUACAAACUUUGGUCUUACAAUGAGAUCUGUAAUACGUGAUAAAUGCUACAAAUGUGACACGAUACGCGGUAUUAUAAAUAAAUGCUGUUACUUUA